AUGGCUAAGCUCGCCUGCAGCAGCCCUGUCCCGCUCAUUAUCUACCCCUCCGUCUUCCUCAUCCUUGUCUUCCUCCUCUUCGCUUCCUUCAACCACCAGUUCGACAUCUCCCACACCGUCCCUUCUCCGCCGUCUUCUGCCUCCUCCCCUGUUUCUGGACACCGCCAGAGCAAGGACCAGCUGACCUCUUCGUCUUCAUCCCCUCCUCCUCCUCCUCCUCCUCCUCCUCCUCGAAUGCUCUCAAGGACUUCGUCAACAACUUCACCAGCCGUGAAGGUGGAGAAGAGCAGUUUGGAGAGGAUCGAGGAAGGGCUAGCGAGGGCGAGAAAGGCCAUAAGAGAAGCCGCCCAAUCGAAGAGUUACGGCCGGAACAAGUACAACUUCAGCAGCAGCAGGAGGAGGGAGAUGGAGUUUGUCCCCAAAGGGCCAGUUUACAGGAACCCGUAUGCCCUUUACCAGAGCCACAAGGAGAUGGAGAAGAGGUUUAGAGUAUGGACCUACAAGGAAGGGGACUGGCCACUUUUCCAUAAGGGCCCUAUGAAUGAUAUCUACUCCAUCGAAGGCCAAUUCAUUGAUGAGUUGGAGAGCAGUAAGAGCCCUUUCCGGGCAUCCAGCCCCGACGAAGCCACAGCUUUCUUCUUCCCGGUCAGCAUCGUGAACAUCGUCCAGUUCGUCUACAGGCCGUACACCAACUACUCACGCGACCGGCUCCAGAACAUUGUGAAGGACUAUAUCGACCUCGUCUCAAGCAAGCACCCUUACUGGAACCACACUAAUGGGGCAGACCAUUUCCUCAUCUCCUGCCACGACUGGGCCCCCGAUGUUUCAUCAGCAUACCCCGAGCUAUACAAGCACUUCAUAAGAGUCUUAUGCAACGCCAAUGAGACCGAGGGCUUCAAGCCCUCGAGGGAUGUCUCUCUACCUGAGAUAUUCAUCCCUUAUGGCAAGUUGGGUCCGCCCCACCCGAACGUGUCCCCUGAGAACCGCUCCAUCCUCGCCUUCUUCGCGGGAGGAGACCAUGGGGACGUGAGAAAGGUCCUUUUUCGCCACUGGAAGGAGGACAAUGACAUUCAGGUCUAUUCCUACCUACCCAAGAACCUAAGCUACACGAAGCUCAUGGGGCAGAGCAGGUUCUGCCUGUGCCCCAGCGGGUGGGAGGUAGCGAGCCCCCGGAUUGUGGAGUCAAUCUCUGCGGGGUGUGUCCCUGUGAUAAUAUCCGAAGGUUAUGUGCUCCCGUUCAGCGACGUGAUAGACUGGUCAACAUUCUCAGUGCAUGUGCUGAUCAAGAGAAUCCCUGAUCUGAAGGGGAUCCUGGAGGGCAUCUCCGAGGCCGAGUACAGGGAGAAGCAGAGGAGAGUGGUGGAGGUCCAGCGGCACUUCACGGUCAAUCGGCCGGCAAGGCCUUAUGAUAUGAUGCAUAUGGUGAUGCAUUCGAUCUGGCUAAGGAGGCUUAACUUGAGGCUGCAAUAGGGAGCGGGGAAGGUCCUUUUGAAGAUCCCCUAAUUCUUUGUAUAAUAUUGAUGAUG